AUGUCAAUCUGUUUCACUGGAUUUCUUUAUUGGGAAUCACAUCAGUUUUGUCAGUCACCUUUUCCACUCUUUCGGUCUUCUUUCUCUGUUUCCGCCAUUUAUUAUUUCUACCAUUCUCUAUUCAUUCUCCUUCUCUUUCUCUCAACCCACAUCCUCUUUUAUUUUCCUCUCUCUAUCAGUUUUCUUUUUCUAUAUCCCUCAUUCUUUCACCUUUCCUCUCACUUCCUAUUUGUUCUUGUCUUUUACUUCGUUUCGACUUUCUUCAUUUAUUUCUGUGUUAUUUCGUCUUCUCUCCAAUCUCUCUAUCUCUUUUUUUUUACUCUUACUGUUCACCCUCUUAAUUCUCUUUUCUUUCGCUGCUUUCUUUUCACCUCUCUUUCCCUCUCUUCUUUCAGUUCCCAUUUGAUUUUGAUGUCUGUUUCUCUUCUUUUUCUCUUUCUACUUUCUCUUUCGUUCAAAUCAGUCUCUUUAUGUCGUUUGGCCUUUUCUCAAGUGUUUCUCUCUCUCUAUCAUCUCUUUCAUUCGAUCUAUCUAUCUAUCUAUCUAUCUAUCUAUCUAUCUAUCUAUCUUAGUCUUUACAUAUAUAUCUUCGUCUGUUCAUAUCUAUCUAUAUAUCUAUUUAUCUAUCUAAGUCUUUACAUAUAUAUCUUCGUCUGUUCAUAUCUAUCUAUCUAUCUAUCUAUCUAUCUAUCUAUCUAUCUAUCUAUCUAUCUAUCUAUCUUAGUCUUUACAUAUAUAUCUUCGUCUGUUCAUAUCUAUCUAUCUAUCUAUCUAUCUAUCUAUCUAUCUAUCUAUCUAUCUAUCUAUCUAUCUAUCUAUCUUAGUCUUUACAUAUAUAUCUUCGUCUUUUCAUAUCUAUCUAUCUAUCUAUCUAUUGGACUUUUCUUCACAAUAUCAAAUCUAUCUAUCUAUCUAUCUAUCUAUCUAUCUAUCUAUCUAUCUAUCUAUCUAUCUAGAGAGAGAGAGAGAGAGAGAGAGAGAGAGAGAGAGAGAGAGAGAAAGAGAGAGAGAGAGACUCGUCGUUUUCGACGUAUGCGAUUCCAGUAG